AUGGGCGAAGCGCAGCCGGGGGAGCCGCGUCCGUCCCCGGGCAGCCCGGGGCCGGCGGAGGAGCUGCAGAAACCCCCUUAUUCCUACGUGGCUCUCAUCGCCAUGGCCAUCCGGGCCAGCCCGGAGCAGCGGCUACCCCUGAGGGGCAUCUACGCCUACAUCGCGAGCCGCUUCCCCUACUACCGCUGCGGCCCCAAGGGCUGGCAGAACAGCGUCCGUCACAACCUCAGCCUCAACCCCUGCUUCCUCCGCCUGCCUCCCCGGCACGGCCCCGCCGCUCCCCGCCGGGGCGGCGAGUGGGCCCUGGACCCGGCCUUCCACGACAUGUUCCCGGGGGGCGACUACCGCCGCCGCCGCCGCCGGCCCCAGCCGCCUCCGAGCACCACCGCCGCCGCCCCGAGGCCUCCGGCGCCGCUCCCCGGGUGUCCCUGCUCGCCUCUGCCCGCCUGGGCCCCGCCGUGGGGCCCGGGGCCGACGCCGCCUGUGCCCGCCUGGGGCCCCCGCUGGUGCCCGGGGCCGCCGCCGCCGCCCGGGCCCCUCCCGGAGCUGGGCCCUUGCUGCUUUGUGGCCGCCCGUACGGACCCGCCGCUGCCCUGA